AGUCUGAAGAGGCAUGGAUGUUACAUGAGUCCCUUUAAGAACUCAGACAGAUAUGACUUUUACAAAAGUUUAUUUUUGGUAAAUUAGAUAAAAAUGGAUGAAUCGGCUUUGUUGGAUCUGUUGGAGUGUCCUGUUUGCUUAGAACGUCUUGAUGCUUCUGCAAAAGUCUUGCCUUGCCAGCACACAUUUUGCAAACGUUGUUUGCUAGGCAUCGUGAGUUCUCGAAAUGAGCUCCGUUGCCCAGAAUGUAGGACUUUAGUUGACUGUGGUGUUGAUGAACUUCCCAGUAAUAUAUUACUGGUUAGACUACUGGAUGGCAUCAAACAAAGGCCCUGGAAACCUGGCACAAGUGGUGGAGCUGGUUGCACAAAUGCAUUAAGGGCCCAGAGCAACACUGUUGCUAGUUGUGAUUCAAAUGACCCACAGAGCUCUCAAAGUGGACAGCAGCAAAGAGUACAAGCAAGAAGUCCCCCUGUUAGAGGUAUACCUCAGUUACCAUGUGCCAAAGCAUUGUAUACUUACGAGGGAAAAGAACCUGGAGAUCUUAAAUUCAAUAAGGGUGAUAUCAUCAUUUUACGUCGGCAAGUGGAUGAAAAUUGGUACCAUGGAGAAGUCAAUGGUGUCCAUGGCUUUUUUCCUACCAACUUUGUUCAGAUUAUUAAACCUUUACCUCAACCUCCACCUCAAUGCAAAGCACUUUAUGACUUUGAAGUGAAAGACAGAGAAGCAGACAAAGACUGUUUACCAUUUUCAAAGGAUGAUGUGCUGACUGUGAUUCGCCGAGUAGAUGAAAACUGGGCUGAAGGAAUGCUGGCUGACAAGAUAGGGAUAUUUCCCAUUUCUUAUGUGGAGUUUAACAUGGCAGCCAAGCAGCUGAUAGAGUUGGAUAAGCCCUCAGGUUCUGUUCUUGACUCUGGAGAAGGUACCUCUGGAACAUCCCAUAACAAUUCAGUUCAAAAGCACACUGAUACAAAAAAGAACACCAAAAAGCGGCACUCCUUUACCUCCCUUACUAUGUCUAACAAGUCUUCACAGUCUUCUCAAAACCGUCACUCGAUGGAAAUUAGUCCCCCUGUACUCAUCAGCUCCAGUAAUCCCACAGCAGCUGCCCGUAUAAGUGAACUGACAGGCCUCUCCUGCAGUGCUCCUUCUCAGGUUCAUAUCAGUACCACAGGACUAAUUGUGACCCCACCCCCUAGCAGCCCGGUUACAACUGGGACUUCAUUUACCUUCCCAUCUGAGGUCACCUACCAAGCAGCUCUUGGUAAUAUGAAUCCCCCCCUUCCUCCACCACCUCUUUUGUCUGCCACAGUCAUUGCUUCAACAUCUUCAGGGCUGCCUUCUUCAGGAAUAGUACAAAGGCCUGUAUCAGGCUCCACUGACCAAACAGCACAUUUACGUCCACAGCCUCGACCAAGUGUGUACAUUGCUAUAUAUCCAUACAGCCCUCGAAAAGAGGAUGAACUGGAACUGCGUAAGGGGGAGAUGUUUUUAGUGUUUGAACGUUGUCAAGAUGGCUGGUUCAAAGGGACCUCCAUGCAUACAAGCAAGAUUGGUGUUUUCCCUGGCAAUUAUGUGGCUCCAGUCACCAGGACGGUGACAAGUGCUUCGCAAGCAAAAGUCCCCAUAUCUACUGCUGGCCAGACAGGACGAGUGAUGACCAUGGUCAGCCCUUCCACUGCUGGUGGAACUUCACAGAAACUUCAGGGCAAUGGCAUGACAGUUCACUCCAAUGUGGUCCCAACUGCUGUGGUUUCUGCAGCACAUAUACAAACUAGUCCACAAACCAAGGUUCUUAUGCACAUGUCAGGGCAAAUGACAGUCAACCAGGCUCGUAAUGCUGUUAGAACAGUUGCAGUACACAGCCAAGAAAGACCUACAGCAGCAGUGAUGCCGAUACAGGCUCAAAGUUCAGCAUGCCUGGUCCCUGCAGCUGUGAUCAUUCCCCACCAUUCUGUUGCUUCCCAGCAGCUCCAGUCUCAGCUUUCAAAUGCUGCUGUUUAUGUUAAUGCUGUGAAUAUCAAUCGAUCAAAUGUUCCAAUGACUUGUGCAGCAGGUUCUUUCAACACUUCCAGCAUCACUUCUGCGUCUUUGGAUGGAGACAUGAGUGGGAGAGUUGUGAGUGUUCACCCUGGUGCUCCUGCUUCUCCUGAAAAUUCUUUAGGAGCUAGUGGAAAUACUGGAGUCAGUAAACCAGAUAAGGAUAGCAAGAAAGAAAAAAAGGGUUUGCUGAAGUUGCUUUCUGGAGCAUCUACCAAACGCAAGCCCCGAGUGUCACCUCCAUCAUCACCAACUCUGGAGGUUGAGCAAGCAGCUGCAGAGAUGGCCCUACAGGGUGCUGUAGGGCCUGAGGUUCCAUCAUCUAUUGGCCAUGGCAGAGCUGGAUUCUGUCCUGUGGACAAUGAACUCUCUGCAGCAGCAUUAGCUCAGGAGACUGUGCAUCGGAAAACAAGUUCUUUGGAUUCUAGUAUUCCUAUAGCACCUCCACCUCGACAGCCAUGUUCCUCAUUGGGACCAAUCCUGAAUGAAUCCAGGCCUGUUGUUUGUGAAAGAUAUAGAGUUGUGGUCUCCUAUCCUCCUCAGAGUGAAGCAGAACUUGAACUUAAGGAAGGAGACAUUGUUUUUGUACAUAAAAAGCAUGAGGAUGGCUGGUUCAAAGGUACUCUGCAACGCAAUGGAAAAACUGGCCUUUUCCCUGGCAGCUUUGUAGAAAACAUCUGAGAAGAUUCUUUUAAAGAGAUGCAAAUCACACUACACUAUAAAAUAGCACAAAAUAUUAGCAGAAAGAGUGCAGUCAUAGAAGACUUUCAAAUGACUGUAAUAUAAAGAAAUUAUAUAUAUCUCCAAUGUUCUGUACCACAAUGGCAAGUGAACAAAGAUGAUGAAGGCAUCUGCUAUUUUUAUCACUUUGUAUUCUUAAGUGUAAUGUGUGCCUUGUACUGUCUGAUUUAUUAUAAGGGGAACCUUUUUCCUUCAAAGAUGUUACACAAAUGAAUAAUUGUUUACAAAGCUGUAACUAAUUUAUUCUUGUUUCUUUAAAACUUGAAUGUUGUGUAAUAGCUAGGUUCUUGUGAUUAUGAUUUUAACAAAUUAUUAAUUUAUAAAAUGAUAGCAAAGGGGUAGCUGGAUUCUCUCCCAAUGAGGGAGUGCUUAUUUCUGAUACAGAACCUCCCUUUUUUCUUCUUGACUUUUUCCCCUGCUGUGUAUGACAAUGGAAUUAGUCUUUGUGUUAUGAGUUAAUGUAGAGUUGUAGUGAUGAUGUGAUGUCAAACUGAAAUUGGAAACUGGGAAAAGAAUGGAAUUGUGUGUCUUGUUCUUAGGACAGAAUGUAUCAGUUGUUUUUUAGUCGAAUUCUACUCCUUAAAAAUUGCCCAAACAGUAUAAUGUUUCUGGAAGGCAAAGACAUAACACUGCAACGGAUAACAUCUCAACAACCUCAAGGAUGGGAAGGAAGAAAUUGAGAGGAAGCCAAUAAGAAAUUCCCUGUAGCUUCUGUUUGUUCAAGAAUUUGGAUAACUAAACAAAGUUUAACUUUGCAUAUUUGGCUAGCUCUCUGAUCUUUUAGUACUCUCAGGAUGUAACAGAGAUAAAAAGAAUCUUAAAGCACAAUGGCAAAACAAAUUAUAUUUGCAGAACACUUUUAAUUUUAGAAUAGCAACUUAUCUCCUAGGGUUGAAACUUUGAGUUGUACUCGAUGUCUAAAAUGCCUAAGAAAUGUAAUUUGCUUUGUUUUGUUUUUUUCAAAGUGAUCUGCAUGGCCAGGAGACGUUUUAAAAUGUUUGAGCAAUAGUGAUGGUAAGUGAUGCACUUGUGUUAAAGUAAAAGGCUGUAAAGACACUGUGAAAACUUCGCUAACUUUUUAAUUGUUGCUUCUUUGGUACAUUAUGACUUUUUCAUCGUCUUGCAUGUAUUAUUGAAGUAAUAUAAACUGUGCGUGAUUUGUAUUUUUCAUUCCAAUUUCCUGUUGUGGGUUAUUUUGCUCUGAAAUUUGCCCAUUGCAGGGGAUAUUAAGUAAACCAGAAUUCUGUUGUAGUCCAAAAUUCACUGACCAAGACUAGUGAGUGACUCUCUCUCAACACAUUAGGUGUCUAGUGUUUGAGUCAAUAAUAAAACAUUCUUACAUUACUCCAGCUAACAGGAGUAAAGAAGUGCUACAAAGAGAACAUUACUGUUACUCUUUGAGGGUUCUGAGAGAGGUUUUUUGCUAGUGAACCCAUAGCAUAUAGCUGAGACAGAAUUCAGUUGAGUGUCUUUUUUUUAAUACUGUUGCUUAUAUUAUGGUUUUCUUGCUCUCACUUGCAAGCACCAUCAACUAAGCACCGUCAACUCCCAUAAAAGUUAAUGGAAGUUGAAGAUGUUCAGCAUAUCACAAAGUGGGGUAUCAGUGUGAUGUAAUAUUGCACAACAUACAAAAAGGCACACUAGCUGGUAAUAAAUUAAAUCAUCGGCAUACCUUCUGAUUAAGGUGCAACUAAAAUUUUAAUUUUAAGAAUUAUAUAUGGAAGAAUAAUAAACAAUAACCAUGAGGAUUUUUUGCAAUAUCAGGUAGUGUCAUGAUGAACUUAAAUAUGUAUAAAUAUAUAUAUAGCUGGAAAUCACAUCAUUCCUAAGUUAACCAUCUGUAUGAAACACUGUACAAUUCAAUUCUUGUGUUUUUUAAAUAUUUUUUAAAGUUUACUUGAAUAUUCAUGUAAUAUAUUAAGAUUUUUGUGAAAUGAACUUUAGUUAGAAGGAAGCUGGCAUCAGCUUUCAUCAGCAUAAAUUGAUACUAAUGUGUCAAAAUAUUAUUAUUUUGGGAAAUUAGUGCAUUUUAUAUUAAAAAAAGACUACUAAAGGUUAAAAACAUUUUUCUAGCUCUCUACUUUCCAUACUUUAAACUGUGUGACUUAAGUACCUCUGUUCUUAAGGUUUCAAAGUGUAAAGUCAGUUAAAAUAUCCUCUGUUAAUAGUUCCAUUAGAGUAAAUACAUUUUCUAUUGACUUUUUUACAAUGCUAAAGUAAUGUUUUGUAACAAGGGCUUGUUACACAGAAGUGCAACAAUGAUUAAAAUGCAGUUUAUCAUGCCUUUCUUUUGAUCUUUGUAAAAGUUUUUUGGUUUUGGGCUUGUUGGGUUUUUUUGGCUUGGGAUUCAUUGUAAAAACAGAUGAACCUAAUGUAUAUGUUUUGUGUAAUUCCAUAAAGAAAUUUUGUAAAAUAUUGUAUGUCUAUCUUUCUGGUCCAGUGAAUGCAAGGUGUUGAUUUACUCUGUUAAGCUCCUCUUCUUAAUAAAUAUUUUCUUAGUAAACAGCUUAAGCAGAAAACUUAUACAAAAGUUAAAUAGAAAUUACUUAUAACAAGUUUACAAAUAAAACUAACAAAAUUAUUUCAGAAUUCACAGGAGGAUGUGUGUGUUUAUAAAGAAAAAAAGUCUUCAGAUACCAUCAGAUGAAUUUCAAGGGGAAGUUCAGAAAAAAAUAUAAUGCAGUAGCAGUAGGGAGGACAAGGUAACGUGACUGGCCUUUC